AUGCCGUUGGUGAAGAGGAACAUUGAGCCCCGGCACCUGUGCCGCGGGGCGUUGCCGGACGGGGUGACCAGUGAACUGGAGUGCGUCACCAACAGCACCCUGGCAGCCAUCAUCAAACAGCUGGGAAGUCUGAGUCGCCAUGCGGAGGACAUUUUCGGGGAGCUGUUCAUCGAAGCCAACAGCUUUUACCUGAGGAUGAGCAGCCUGCAGGAGAGGGUCGAUCAGCUGGCCGUGAAAGUCACCCAGCUCGACUCCACCGUGGAGGAAGUCUCCCUGCAGGAUAUCAACAUGAGGAAGGCCUUCAAGAGCAGCACCAUCCAGGACCAGCAGGUGGUGUCGAGGACCUCAGUCCCCAACCCCGUGGUGGAGAUGUACCACCGCGGUGACAAACCUCCUCCGCUCAACAUCCUCAGCCCCUACAGGGACGACAAGAAGGACGCACUGAAGUUCUACACCGACCCCUCGUACUUCUUCAACCUGUGGAAGGAGAAGAUGCUGCAGGCCACCGAGGACAAACGCAAGGAGAAGCGACGGCAGAAGGUAUCAGCAGGUGGGCAGGCUCAUUAUACAGAGACUAAGCCCCACUCCAGACAGGCCCCACCCAGGAGCCCCCUGUCCAUCUCUGAGCAGCAGAAGCAGGUUGAGGACCCGGGCAGAGAGGUGAAGAAGGUGCGUAAGGCUCGUAAUCGCCGUCAGGAGUGGAACGUCCUGGCCUACGACAAAGAGUUCAGACCAGACGCCAGGCUCACGCCGUCACCUUACCACGGCAUGUCCUCAGAAGGAUCACUGUCCCCUGAUAGCAGGUCAAUGGCGUCCGACUCUUACCCCGCCAGCCCCAACCACCCCUCCACCCAGGCCCCCAGCGCCAUCCACCCGGCCGACCACCUCAGCGCCGCGGCCCAGACCCAGUCACUGGAUCGGGUCCUCAGGCCGCCCAACCAGCCCCGGGAGCCGGAGUGCCGGCGCCGGCUGGGCGACACGCAGCCUCCUUGGGCCGGACCCCAUCGGGACAGGCGGCCCAGGCUGGCGGAGAUCCGACGGUUAACGGGCCGAGGCAGCAGUCGCGUCCAGCCCUCCACCAUCCCAGAGUACUACAUCCCCCCCGCCCCUCCCCCUCCUCCCCCGACCAUCCCCUCGGCGCAGACCGCCUUCGACUCCACCAACGCCCCGCCCUCCGCCUCCGCCGUCCCCCCACCUUCCACCCUCUCCCGUCCCUACUCCCCCUCCCCUCCUCCUCCCCCGGCCAACUACGUGCCCUCCCCCGCCCACCCUCCGUCGGGCGUGCCCCCUGCCGCCCCUCCCCCGCCACCUCCAGGAGCACCCACGGGAUACCACGCUCACGCGUCACCGACGCACGGCGUGGACGCAGCGCCCUCCGCCAGGAAGUCCAACAUGCUGGGGAUGAUCCCGAUGAGCGACGCUCGCUCCGACCUGCUGGCAGCCAUACGUAGAGGCAUCCAGCUGAGGAAGGUGCAGGAGCAGAGGGAGCAGGAGGCGAAGCGGGAGCCCGUGGGCAACGACGUGGCCACCAUCCUGUCUCGCCGCAUCGCCGUGGAGUACAGCGAGUCCGACGACGACUCCGAGCUCGACGAGAACGAGUGGUCCGACUAA